CCUCUCUAACACACACACACUAGUAGCGCCAGCCAAUGCCUGGGGUCCUAUAAACCGUAGCGGUGGCCUCGCGGAGCUUGAAGACCACGGGUCCUGGGAGCGAGCGGAAUCAGACUCGCAGUCGCAGUCUCGGGACCUGAGCCGCCCGCGCACCCGUUGCAGCCAGAGCCUCCGGCGCAACCCAGCGCGGUCAUGGAUCCCAGCAAUAAGAAGCUGACCGGCACUCUUAUGUUGGCCGUGGGAGGGGCAGUGCUUGGCUCCCUGCAGUUCGGCUACAACACUGGCGUUAUCAAUGCCCCCCAGAAGGUGAUUGAGGAGUUCUACAACCAGACAUGGAUCCACCGCUAUGGGGAGAACAUCCUGCCCACCACGCUCACCACGCUCUGGUCCCUCUCCGUGGCCAUCUUCUCCGUUGGGGGCAUGAUUGGCUCCUUCUCCGUGGGCCUUUUCGUUAACCGCUUUGGCCGGCGGAACUCGAUGCUGAUGGUCAACCUGCUGGCCUUCAUGUCCGCUGUGCUUAUGGGCUUCUCGAAACUGGGCAAGUCCUUUGAGAUGCUGAUCCUGGGCCGCUUCAUCAUCGGUGUCUACUGCGGCCUGACCACGGGCUUCGUGCCCAUGUACGUGGGGGAGGUGUCCCCCACGGCCCUUCGAGGGGCACUGGGCACCCUGCACCAGCUGGGCAUCGUUGUCGGCAUCCUCAUCGCCCAGGUGUUCGGCCUGGACUCCAUCAUGGGCAACAAGGAGCUGUGGCCCCUGCUGCUGAGCAUCAUCUUCGUCCCAGCCUUGGUGCAGUGCGUCAUGCUGCCCUUCUGCCCCGAGAGCCCCCGCUUCCUGCUCAUCAACCUCGUCCUGCUCUGAGCCACCCCCGCCUUCCCUCCGCCCCCUCCAGUGCUGAAGAAGCUGCGCGGAAUACCGGACGUGACCCAGGAUUUGCAGGAGAUGAAGGAGGAGGGUCGGCAGAUGAUGCGGGAGAAGAAGGUCACCAUCCCGGAGCUGUUCCGCUCGCACCUCUACCGCCAGCCCAUCCUCAUCGCCGUGGUGCUGCAGCUGUCCCAGCAGCUGUCGGGCAUCAACGCUGUUUUCUAUUAUUCCACAAGCAUCUUCGAGAAAGCGGGCGUGCAGCAGCCUGUGUAUGCCACCAUCGGCACCGGCAUCGUCAACACAGCCUUCACGGUCGUGUCGCUGUUCGUGGUGGAACGAGCUGGCCGGCGGACGCUGCACCUCAUUGGCCUGGCUGGCAUGGCGGGCUGUGCCGUGCUCAUGACCAUCGCGCUGGCAUUACUAGAGAAGGUGCCCCAGAUGUCCUACCUGAGUAUCGUGGCCAUCUUUGGCUUUGUCGCCUUAUUUGAAGUUGGUCCUGGCCCCAUCCCGUGGUUCAUUGUAGCCGAACUCUUCAGCCAGGGUCCUCGCCCGGCUGCCUUUGCUGUUGCUGGUCUCUCCAACUGGACCUCAAAUUUCAUUGUGGGCAUGUGCUUCCAGUAUGUGGAGCAACUGUGUGGUCCCUACGUCUUCAUCAUCUUCACUGUGCUCCUGGUUCUUUUCUUCAUCUUCACCUACUUCAAAGUUCCUGAGACCAAAGGCAAGACCUUCGAUGAGAUUGCUUCCGGUUUCCGGCAGGGGGGAGCCAGCCAAAGCGACAAGACACCUGAGGAGCUGUUCCAUCCCCUGGGAGCUGAUUCCCAGGUGUGAGGAACCCCUAACCACCAGCCCAGCCUGUUCCCAGCAGCCCCAAGGAUCUCUCAGAGCACAGGCAGCUGGACGCCACUUCCACAUUGAUCUCAGCAGAGCUGGGCCUGGGGCUCCUUUCUUCAGCCAGCAAUGAUGUCCAGAAGAAUAUUCAGGACUUAUAACGCCUCCAGGGUUUUAACAAAAGCAAGACUGUUGCUCAGAUCUAUUCAGACAAGCAACAGAUUUUAUAAUUUUUUUUAUUACUGAUUUUAUUAUUAUUUUUGUAUCAGCCAGAGCCUCCUGUACCCCACACUUCAGGCUCCACCCUGAAGGGCUCAGUGCCUGAGGGUGGGGACCAAGUCCUGCCUAGACACACUUGCCUUCUUCACCAAGCUAAUCUGUAGGGCUGGACCUAUGACCAAGGACACACUAAUCGAACUAUGAACUACAAGGGUCCAACCCCUAGAGGUGGCCAUGGCCACGCGCUCCGCGCUCCUGUGGCCCUGAAUUUCCCCACCCUAGGGGUCAGGCUCCAUUAGGAUUCGCCCUUUCCCUCUCUUCCUACCCAACCACUCAUUAAUUUUUCCUUGCCCGAGACCAGUUGGGAGCACUGGAUUGGAGGGAGGAGAAGGGAAGGGCCAGACUGGACUGCCAGAUUCGUGUCUCCUUUGCACUGAAGGCCAGACGAUCACCAUGAGAGGAGGGCCGUGGGAGACUGAGAACUCACUACUCAAGAACGCGUGGAUGCUCCUGCCCUGCUGUGUGUAGAUAGAAAUAUUUAUAUAUUUUUUUGGUUGUCAAUAUUAAAUACAGACACUAAGUUAUAGUCUAUCUGGACAAAACAACUUGUAAAUACACCACCAUACUUCCUCUGUAACUUACCUAAACAGAUAUAAAUGGCUGGUUUUUAGAAA